AAAUUAUAUCAAAUAAAGAAGAAGAAAUAUUUUACCUCGCACGUGCAUAAACAGAACCUUAAACUAAAAAUUGUAAAUAUGGUCAAAUUAAGAAAACAACGGAAAAGAAAGAAGUAUAUGCACAACGUAAAUAGAAAAAGGCUUAGGAAUAAAAUUUUCAAACAUAACAAUAUAACAUGUAAAGAGGUCAAACUAUCCUGGGAAUCAAAAAAAUCAAUACAAACCAAUCUUGCUGAAAUGGGUCUGUCCUAUAACCCAAAUGAGACCAUUAAAAUUUCCAAUUCAAAAGCAGAAAUGAAAAGUGUCUUAGCUACAGAAGGGGAUUGGACUAAAGAAAAUAUAGCAAUAUCUAAAGCCCAUGUAGUUCAAACACUGGAAAGAGAAGCUAAAGCGCCUAGAGAGAGAAAAAUUAGAUUGCCUAAAGGUCAAGUUGAAAGGUUAUCGUAUUUAAUUGAAAAAUAUGGAAACGAUUAUAAGGCAAUGGAAAGGGACAAAAAAAAUUAUAAUCAAGAAACUUGGAAACAAUUACGCCAAAAAAUUAAAAGGUUUAUGGGAAUUCCUGAACAAUUCAAUAAAUUUUUGGAAAAAUGUAAAGUUCAACCUAAACUAGAUAAUGAAUUAACUGAUGAUGAAAUUUAAGAAAUAUAUUGUAGAUAAUUAUUAGUAAAUAUAGUUUUAACUCGUCGUGGGACACCCUGUGUAAAUUAUAUUUGUCAAAAGCCAUCUUCAAUCAAUGUUUUAGCUGCAGCACUGUCAAGGUUCAUUCUAUUUAUUGUUUCAGUUAAGUUAUAAAGUUAUUUUACUUACAAUUAAUAGAUAAAAUGCUUCAAUACUAAAUCAGUUCUUGCAUUUCAACAAAUAUAUGCCUUAGCUAUUCUGGAGAGUGUACUUACAUGUGUUUACUAAAAAAAGACAGAAUUAAGUUUAUCUAAACCAUUUUCCAAAACUGUUUGAAGAAGAGGAAAUGGUUGCGGCUACUGCAGCAUUGCUUGUGCUACAAUAUGAAUCCAGGGAGUACUGGGUUCAUCCAAUAAACCAACGUAGGCACGAAUGUGGUGAAUAUCAUGUUCUGUGGCCCGAAAUUAUCAAUGACGAUGACAGGUGUAAAAUGUAUAUCAGGAUGACCAAGAAGGAAUUCGACAUGGUUUACAAUUUACUAGAAAGUAAAUUAAAGAAGCAAAAUACAAAUUUUAGAG